AUGAAUGCUAUAUUGAUAAGCGAAUCAAAUCAGCAAUAUUUUCGAGUUAAGCCCAAAGAUACAGAAAUUAUAGAGGGACAGUCUUCGGAUUUGCAAUGUCACAUUGGCAAUCAAGCGGGAGCUGUACAAUGGAGCAAGGAUGGUUUUGUUCUCGGUUUUGAUCCGGAUAUCCCGGGUUAUCCUCGCUACAGCAUGAUUGUCGACGAAAGAAGAGGAGUUUAUAAUUUACGUUUAAAAGGAGUACAGUUAGACGAUGAAGGAGAAUAUCAAUGUCAGGUGGGGCCAACCCAUAAGAAUCAUCCUAUACGAGCUGCAGCUCGCGUGACUGUACUAGUCCCCCCAAAAAUGUUGGAGAUUGAAAAUCAUGCAAAUGGGAGCAUUUUAGAAGUAAGAGAAGCUGAAAGAAUUACCCUAACUUGCAUUUCAAGGCACAGUAAGCCAGCUGCAAAAUUAAAGUGGUAUAGAAAUGGGCUGUUGCUACAAGGAGGCUCCUUUCACCCUAAAGAAGAAAUAACAGGCCACAGGAUACAUUCCAUAUCAAGUACAAUUACUCUGUAUGUGAUAAUGGAUGAUAGUGGAGCUUCUUACACAUGUGAAGCAACGCACCGAGCUUUGUCGUACACAAUGAGAACAACGAUUACGAUUGACGUUUUAUAUCCUCCUGGAAUACCUGAAAUUGAAGGCUACCAAGAAGGUGAUAUAGUUCAAGUGGGAGACACUUUGACACUUGCGUGCAUUACGAGGGGUGGUAACCCACAAGCCGAGCUUAUAUGGUAUAGAGACAACGUACAAGUGGAUAUGUCUUACAGUACCAGUGGAAGAGAAGUUACAAAUAUACACACUUUUACUGUUGAUGAAACAGAUAACAACGCCAUCUAUCGCUGUGAAUCAUCAAACUCAGUAACUUACCAUCCGAGGAUAGCAAACGUGAAACUUAGCGUGCAAUUUGCCCCUUCUAAAAUCGUAAUCGUUGGUCCAUCAGAAGGAAGAGUUGGAAGUAGUAUCAGUAUGUCUUGUUCUGCUGGACCCAGCAAUCCGCCAUCUAAAUUAACUUGGUACAUUGAUGGAAAACUGGAGCCAUCGACGACGUCGGAAGUGGAAGUUUCAAAAGGUGGUUGGCUGACCACUUCAAACAUCACCGUCACCCUCACCAGGCAGGAUCCAGACAAUAAGACUUUUGCUUGCCAUGCAGACAGUGACGCUUUGAAAGAAACUAUUAAAGAAGCCGUGUCAUUCAGUGUUGUAUAUCCGCCAAGUCCGCCUUCGAUAAUGGGCUAUGAAGAAGGAACCCCGAUUAAAUCCGGAGAUUUUCAGACCUUUACCUGCGUCGCAAUAGGAGGUAAUCCCUUGGCAACGCUCCGGUGGUUUAAGCGUGAUCGAGAGGUGAGAGGAAUAACUAGCAUCAGUGGAAGCGGGGUUUUUAGUGAAAUUGUGAUCAGGGCUGAUGCAAGUGACAACGGUGCCAUUUACAGAUGCGAAGCAAUCAACUCUGCGACAGAUAAGGCUCUUAUUUCAAACAUCAAGUUGACAGUGCAUUUUCCACCGUCUUCAGUUACAAUGAAGAUAACUCCAAAUCGUCCAAGAGCUGGAGAGCUGGUUAGUAUUCUGUGUGACUCCGGAAGCAGUAACCCACAAUCUACCUUACACUGGUGGAGAAAUGGCGAAGCAGUUUCAGGCUAUGACAGUGAAGUAUCGGAGGCCGUCUACGGUGGCAAAUCGACGCACAGCAGGCUAGAUCUGAAUGUUUCAUCGAAAGAUGACGAAGCCAUUUUUACCUGCCAAGCGACGAAUAAUGUACUGGAAAGGAGUGUCCAUCAAAGUCUAACGUUAAGAGUGUUUUUCAAACCAGAAUUCUUGGUGGCGAGCCUAGAGAAGUUCGAUGUCGUCGAAGGGGAGAUUCUAAUCGCUAAUCUGACGGCCCGCGCUAAUCCCGCAGUGAUCGCUUACUCCUGGAGGAAAGGGCCCAUCACCCCUAUACCAUCUGUCCCCCAAGGUGGCAAAAUCAAUUUCCGGGUUACAUCCAGAGGGCCGCUGUUGGAGAUUAGAGACUCUCGCAGAGAAGAUGCUGGGCAGUACGAAUGCGAAGCCACCAAUUCAGAGGGAACGGGGCAUACCAUGAUUGUGGUUAACGUUUUGUAUCCAGCAGCUGUGACAACCGUGACGCGAAGCGUGGCUCUAAGUGAAAAUGAAGACGCAUCCUUUGAAUGUGCAGCCAUCGGCAACCCCAUGGGCAGCGAUGUGGUCCGAUGGCGACGAGAAGGAUUCGAUUUGGGCCGUCGAAGCGUAGAACGAUUGGAAUGGGGUCGGGCACACCUGACAGUAAUCAAUGUCACCAGAAGAGAUGCUGGUGUCUUCGAGUGUGUCGCUUACAAUGGAAUUGGCAAAGAAGCAGUAGCAAAAGCACAACUUAUAGUUAAGUUUAAACCGGAGACAUAUCUAACGAAACGCUACAAAAAAGUUGCUGCAGAACGUGGAGAAACUGUCCGUCUACGUUGCCUUGCCGUUGGGGCUCCAAUCGUAAAAUUCUUGUGGUCCAAUGAACGUGGAAUAAACCUCACGGAAUCUCCUAACAGUCUCAAGCAUUCAAUGAAAUCUUCCCAGGUGGAUACAGUGACAUGGGAAAGCAUUUUGUACAUUAACAACGUGGAAGAUGAAGAUUUUGGAAGAUACACUUGUACUGGCACCAACGAAAUGGGAAGCGAUUCAUUGAGAGUGAUGCUAAAUAAAAGAGGCAAACCGGAUCCACCAGAGGAUUUCAAAGUUCAAAACUUCACGUCAGACCGCGUGCUUCUGAGUUGGAAUCCUGGUUUCGAUGGUGGUUCCCCACAGUUUUUUAGAAUCCGCUACAUGGUGAAAGGAUCACAAGAAGCAUAUACAGCAGAUGUUUUACCAACAAACGCUUCUGUGUUCAUGAUUACAGGUUUGGAGCCAGGCACUGAAUAUGCUUUUUCCCUGAUGGCAUGGAAUGUUUAUGGUGAGACUUCUUAUACGCAAAAAGAGGUUUCGGCCCAAACUACAGUAACACGCCGUUUGCCAAGCACAGCUGUUGAUGCCCUUGCAAAAGACAAUGAAGAUGUGUCUGUGUUCUUAUUGGUUGUUAUCUGUGUUUCGGGGACACUCCUCAUUCUCAUUAACGGUGCUAUUGUUUUUUGUUAUAUGCAAAGGAAAAAGCACCGUCAAACGCAAGGUUAUCAAGUUUCGGAGUCAAAAGGCCCCCCAUAUGGUUCGAGUAUGUAUUCAAGGGACAAAUAUCAUGACACUAUAAACGGAGAAGCCUUACGCAGUCCUUUGAAUGAAGGUGAAGAAACCUUUCAUGAAGAAAUACUCAUGAAGGAGAUUCUGAACCAAGAUUCUGAACCCGGUAAAAGUACGAAAAUAGGACCCAAAGUUCCACCACGAUCAACGAACCAAAGAUGGCCUACUACAACUGAAAGCAGUUGCCCAGAUAUUUUGAAAAAUGGUCAUAGUUAUGUAAAAGAAGAUUCUCAGUCUUCUGUAGCAGAAGUCACAGUCACGGAUAUUCGCCGCGGAUCGUUGCUCAAUGACGGUGUCCCAAAUGAUCCAACAAUUUUUAUUCCUCCCCCUCCUUUAGGCACAGACGACCCAUUACUAAAACCAGGGGGAGCCACCAUGGCCUUAGGUGUAUCUGCAGUUGACCUAACGUCAGGAAAAACAAAAACUAUUGUUAUACAUCCCCCUCACAUUCACUCAGAGAGACCACCAAGUCAGCCCUCUCUCGUAGCGCUCGAUGGACACUUUUUAUGA